CGGGCUUAUCCUAUGAGUAAGCUUUUAAUAGCAUUAAGCAGCUUGAAUCUGAAUUAAUUAGAGUAUAUUGAACUUUCGGAUAUCGGGUGAUGCACAUCAAUAAAACUUCACUUUGCCUUAUGCUCUGCAGUAAAAUUGCUGUUUAUAAUUCAUCAUCGAUCAAGAGAGGGACAGCAAAAGAUUUUACACAAUAAAUAAAUUAAAGGGGAAACAAGAGCGAAAAAUUGGCUUUUUUAUAUAAAAAAUUAUCUAGCUGAGGUUCAUUCACUAAUUAUUUUCAUUCUUUAAAAAAAAAAAAGGGUUUGUCUCUCUAACCAGUACUCUUUUUCAUUAAAAAAAGAAAGAAAAGAAAACCAUUUUCCCCCACUGCAUCCUGGGAAAAAGAUGAAGGAAAUACUAAAGAAUGGAUUCUUGGAGCUUGUCGGAUGCGAGGAAAUGGUGGGGAGCUGACCUGGUUCAGACAUUUGGGAUCAAACCAAACAAAACGCGUUUCCCUCUGUCUGCCGACUGCCGUGUUGACAUCUGCUCUCUGUUUUAUCUGUCCUCAGUCAGAUCUGCCGAAAGCUUUGGCUUUUCUGCCCAUUACAGCCAGACUUCCUCGCAGGUAAGGCUCACGGCAGUGUUCAUAUGUUGAAACGAAUCUCUGUCUACUCAGAAGCUUAGAGCAAAGAUUGAGCUGAUGAUUUGGUAAUUGAAGAGGAGAAAAGAAGAAUUCUCUAUUUGAUGAUCAUUUGACACCAGUUAAGAGUGAUUUCCCAAUAAGGGAAACGGCUUAAAUUCAAAUAUAUAUCCAAAUUAGAUGAGUAUGCUUUUAAAGAGGACAUGCGGAGUUGUCGCUUAAAAUUGAAGUGAACGGUUCUGGUGGAAGUUUAGUAGAUAUGGCCUCAGGGGACGGGAGGAGAGGUCACCAGGAUUUAGUGCCACUUGCUGCUCUAAUAAGCAGAGAAAUGAAGAACGAGAAGAUGGAGAAGCCAACUCUAAAAUAUGGAUGUGCUGCUCAGUCGAAGAAGGGAGAAGAUUACUUUCUUAUAAAGACAGAUUGCCUCCGAGUCCCUGGAAACCCUUCCUCGGCAUUUUCCGUAUUUGCGGUCUUUGAUGGGCACAAUGGAAAUGCUGCAGCAAUUUACACGAGGGAAAAUUUAUUAGGUCACGUAAUAGGUGCUAUUCCUCGUGGGCUCGGGCGAGAAGAUUGGCUUCAAGUUCUCCCUAGGGCAUUGGUAGCUGGGUUCGUCAAGACCGACAAGGAAUUUCAAAGAAGAGGAGAAACAUCAGGAACUACUGCUACAUUUGUAAUAGUUGAUGGGUGGACCGUGACUGUUGCAUGCGUUGGAGAUUCUCGUUGUAUCUUAGACACUCAAGGUGGUGCUGUUUCUAACUUAACUGUGGACCAUAGGCUUGAAGAUAAUGUUGAAGAGAGGGAACGUGUCACCGCCAGUGGAGGUGAAGUUGGAAGACUCAGCAUCUUUGGAGGAGCAGAGAUUGGCCCCUUGCGUUGUUGGCCAGGCGGUUUAUGUCUUUCUCGGUCCAUUGGAGACAUGGAUGUUGGAGAAUUUAUUGUUCCAGUACCUCAUGUGAAACAGGUCAAGCUGUCAAAUGUAGGUGGGAGGCUCAUAAUAGCUUCAGAUGGAAUCUGGGACGCCCUUUCAUCUGAGGCAGCUGCAAGGACUUGCCAUGGUUUGCCUGCUGAACUUGCCGCUAGACAAGUCGUAAAGGAAGCAUUAAGGACGAGGGGGCUUAAAGAUGACACGACCUGCAUAGUUGUUGACAUAAUUCCACCAGAUAGUUCAAGUUCAUUGCCCACUUCCCCGCCCCCAAAGAAGCAGAACAAGCUGAGAGCGCUGCUUCUCAGGAUCAAGUCUCGUAAUUCUUCAAGUAAACUAUCGAAGAAGCUCUCAGCUGUAGCUGUAGUGGAAGAACUGUUUGAAGAGGGCUCAGCAAUGCUUGCUGAAAGGCUUGGGACUGACGAUACUGCAGCACAAUCGACCUCGGGACUGUUCAUGUGCGCGGUUUGCCAAGUGGACCUAGCCCCAAGCGAGGGCAUUUCAGUCCAUGCAGGGUCUAUCUUCUCCAUGAGCUUGAAGCCGUGGCAGGGCCCUUUCCUAUGUGGGGAUUGCCGGAACAAGAAGGAUGCCAUGGAGGGGAAGCGCCCAAGUGGCGUUAAAGUGGCUUGAUGCUGCUCGAGUUGUGGUAUUGUUUUGUAGUUCUAAUUAGUAUCAAUUCUUUUGUUUGUCCUUCGAUUCUUUUGUUUGAAAAUCCUGCCAUUUCUGUAGAUCUAUUAUUUUUUGAAUCUUGGUAGAGGAGUUGGCCCUAUGAUUGUAUAUGUAUAGCUUGAUCUGAUGAUAUUAACAAUAAUCAGAGUGAGCUCUGUAGCAUCUGCUUAUGAGUUGAUUAAGCUUCACUGCUGUAUCAGUUCCGAUUCCAAAAUAUUGGUUCUUUUGAUUGGUUA